CGCUUUGCUUUCAACGGAGAAAAAAGUAAAACGAAGUACUCUCCACACACCCAAUUCUACCGUUUGAAAAACCGUGAAAAAAUAUCUCAUUUCCACUUCACAUCUCUCUCAAAUUUAGUCGCUGUUCCUUCCUUUUUCAUUCUUCACACGCAUCUUGCUGCGCCCAUGGACUCUACCGCUUUUGCUGAUUUUCGAGCCAUUUUGCCACUUUCUGGAGCAAUUUCAACCUUCCAUGGCCGCAGCUUACCCUGCACCCUCACAUACUAUAGCAGCUUCCCGUCUCCACCUCCAGCAGUUACAAGAAGCUACUAUUCUUCCGACCAACGGCGACGAUGUCGAUUUUCUGAAUUCCGGCGGCUUCAAGCUCUUCCGUAUGCUACACCCGACACCAGAAACUCAGUUCCGACCCAAGAGGGAGUUUACACGGUAGGUGAUUUUAUGACGAAAAGAGAGCAUUUGCAUGUUGUAGGUCCUACAACAACUGUUGAUGAAGCUUUGGAAACUCUUGUAGAGAAAAGAAUUACAGGAUUUCCUGUGGUUGAUGAUGAUGGGAAGUUGAACGCAUGGAUGUUUCUGCAGGUUGGUGUUGUUUCUGACUAUGAUUUAUUGGCCCUUGACUCCAUCUCAGGUGGGGCUCAACAAGAUACAAACUUGUUCCCGGUUGUUGAUAGCACUUGGAAAACAUUUAAUGAAAUACAGAAGUUACUCAGCAAAACUAAUGGGAAGGUUGUAGGUGAUCUUAUGACUCCUUCACCACUAGUUGUACGGGAAAACACCAAUCUUGAGGAUGCUGUGAGCCAUCUCCACAUUUUCUUGAUUCCAAUGGUAGCUCAUGGCCAUAUGAUCCCCACACUAGACAUGGCCAAACUCUUCGUCUCGAGGGGCCUAAAAACCACCAUAAUCUCAACCCCUGCAUUCGCCCAACCAAUACGAAUUGCCCAAAGCUCGGGAUUCGACAUUAAUCUCGAAAUAAUUGACUUCCCGCCAAAAAAUUCCGAAUUGCCGAACCAAAGCGUGAGCAUGGACCAAGUCACCUCGGAUGAUCUAGUCCACAAAUUUUUCGAAGCCUUGGAUUUACUCCAUGAGCCUCUCGAACAUCUUAUUCGAGAACUAAAUCCGAGCUGUCUCAUUUCGGACAUGUUUUUACCGUGCACCACAAACUGCGCCGCCAAAUUCAAAAUCCCGAGAUUAGUCUUUCACGGGAUAAGCUACUUGUCUCUAUGUUGUACGGAGAUAAUGAGCCGUGACAGGCCUUUUGAUAAAGUCUCAUUGAUUUCGAAAGAGUUUGUUGUGCCUAAUCUCCCGCAUGAGCUCAAGUUUGUUAGAACACAAGUAUCGGAUCAUCUGUUAGAGGACGAGUUUAGCCGAGUUAUGCAGCGAGUGAGGGACUCAGAUUGGGAGAGCUAUGGAGUUGUGGUUAAUAGCUUUUACGAGCUCGAGCCGGAGUAUGCCUCUUAUUACAAGGGAGUUUUGGGGAGAAAGGCUUGGAACAUAGGCCCACUUCUUUUGUACAACAAAGGAGACAAGGUCGUGUACGUUUGUUUCGGGAGCAUGGUCGAUUUCUCCCAAUCCCAACUGCACGAAAUCGCGUACGGACUCGAGACCUCUGGGCACGAUUUCAUAUGGGUGGUUCGAACGAAAGGCGAAAACAAUGACAAUGACGAGCUCUUCCCCGAGGGUUUUCUCGAGAGAAGUACACGUGGCAAUAAGGGCCUCAUCAUAAGGGGAUGGGCCCCACAAGUGGCCAUCCUCGAACACGAGGCCACGGGCGCUUUCGUGACGCACUGCGGGUGGAACUCGACUCUGGAGGGUGUUUUCGCGGGUGUCCCAAUGGUGACAUGGCCGCUUUUUGCGGAGCAGUUUUUCAACGAGAAGUUGGUGACGGAGGUCUUGCGAGUCGGGGUUAAAGUGGGGAAUGUGACGUGGCGGAGGGAGUUGGCUAUUAAGGCCGUGGAAGAAGGAGGGUCGUCGUAUGAUGAUAUGGAUACUUUGAUUCGAGAUUUGAGUACUGACGAUCUCCACAUAUACUUCCUCCCCAUGAUGGCCCCCGGCCACAUGAUCCCUCUAGUCGACAUGGCUCGCCAGUUCGCUCGGCACGACCUCCGCGUAAAGUCGACCAUCCUCCUCACCCACCUCAACGCGCCCAACUUCCGAGCCACGGUCGAGCGUGAGCGACAAAAAGGACUAAACAUCGACAUCAUCGAAAUCCCAUUUCCGGGCCCACAAGCCGGCCUCCCGGACGGCUGCGAGAGCCUCUCCUCCGUCACAUCCCCACACAUGUCCGCCAAGUUCAUCAAAGCACUCGGGCUCCUCAGGCACGCGGUCGAGCUCGUCCUGCGACAGGACUCGCCCGACUGCCUCGUCUCCGACUUUUUCUUCUCGUGGGCCGACGAGGUAGCGGCCGAUCUUCGGAUCCCUCGGCUCGUUUUUCACGGAGCCGGAUUCUUUCCGCUCUGCGUGUAUCACAGCUUGAUCCGGCACACGCCAGACUCGGACGAAUUCGUGGUCCCGGGACUCCCGGACGCCGUGCGGAUGACCAAACUGCAGCUGCCAGACUAUCUGCGAGGGCAAAAUCCCGCCGGCAAACACGUGAAAGACUCGACCAAGAAGGAGGGUACGAGCUUCGGGGUCGUCGUGAAUAGCUUCCGGGAACUCGAGCCGGCUUAUGUUGACCACUACAAGCGCACGGUCAACAAGCGGGCAUGGCACGUGGGCCCCGUCUCCCUCUGCAACAGAGACGGCGCGGAUAAAGCGCUGAGAGGCGGCGGUAAGAGCGCAAGGGACUGUUUGGAUUGGCUCGACACGAGAGAGCCGAACUCGGUCGUUUACGUCUGCUUUGGGACCAUCUCGUUUUUCUCGGAAGCGCAGGUUCGGGAGAUGGCGGCCGGGUUAGAGUCGUGCGGGAGGAGUUUCUUAUGGGUCGUGAAAGAGGGAGAGGGGAAGGGGUGGGUAGGAGAGGAGAAGGGGCUGGUGAUCAAGGGGUGGGCCCCACAAGUCUUGAUUCUCGAGCACGAGGCCGUGGGAGGGUUUCUCACGCACUGCGGGUGGAACUCGGUUAUGGAGAGCGUGUGUGCUGGCAAGCCGAUGAUCACGUGGCCCAUCUCCUCGGAGCAGUUUGAUAACGAGAAGCUUGUGACGGAGGUUUUGAGGAUUGGGGCUCGUGUGGGGAGCGUGGAGUGGAGUCAGAGGACGGAUGUCGAGCGGGGUUUGAUUAAAGGGGAGAAUAUAGCUGUGGCUGUAAAUAGAGUGAUGGUUGGAGAAGAAGGUGAGGAGAUGAGGAGGAGGGUGAAGGUGUUGAGUGAUGAGGCGAGGAAGGCUGUAGAGAAAGGGGGUUCGAGUUAUAAUGAUUUGGAGUCGCUUCUGAAAGAACUGAGGUUGAACAAAAGAAGAUAG